AACCGGAGGACGCGGGGCCGUCGGCCGGGUUUCCCGCGCGUUCCUUCGCCUGCUUACGCGGCGGCGCGGGCCGGGCCAUGUCGGAGAUUCUGUGCCAGUGGCUCAACCAGGAGGUGAAGGUGUCCCGGACCGUGAGUCCCAAGUCAUUUGCAAAGGCAUUUUCCAGUGGCUAUCUAAUUGGAGAAAUUCUGCACAAGUUUGAACUUCAGGGUGAUUUUUCGGAAUUUUCAGAAAGCAGAGUUUCAAAUGCCAAGCUUAAUAAUUUUUCUCGCUUGGAGCCGACACUUCACCUUCUGGGUGUGCAGUUUGAUCAGAAUGUGGCCCACAACAUCAUAACGGAAAAGCCUGGGGCAGCAACCAAACUCUUGUAUCAGUUGUACAUUGUUCUUCAGAAAAAGAAGAAAAGUGGACUGACUGGAAUAGAAAUGCAAACUAUGCAACCCCUGGCAAACGUCAGAUACCAAAGUAUGAAAAGUGAGGCUUUUCGAGAUCAACGCCUGAGCAGGAGACGACAAAAUGAAAUAAUGGCCAAAAUCCAAGCAGCUAUCAUACAGAUUCCUAAACCUGCAUCAAAUCGUACUUUGAGAGCACUGGAGGCCCAAAAAAUGAUGAAAAAGAAAAAAGAGGCAGAGGAUGUGGCCAAUGAGAUUAAGAAGUUUGAAGCUUUAAUAAAAAAGGAUCUCCAGGCCAAAGAAAGUGCCUCCAAGACUUCUUUAGAUACAGCUGGCCAGACAACUACUGAUUUGUUAAACACUUAUUCGGAUGAUGACUACAUUAAAAAAAUCCAAAAGCGCCUUGAAGAAGAUGCUUUUGCACGAGAGCAAAGGGAGAAAAGACGGCGGAGACUAUUAAUGGACCAGUUAAUAGCCCACGAAGCACAAGAGGAGGCGUAUCGGGAGGAGCAGCUGAUUAAUCGGCUGAUGCGACAGUCCCAGCAGGAGCGCAGGAUCUCUGUGCAGCUCAUGCAUGUUCGGCAUGAAAAGGAAGUUUUGUGGCAAAACAGAAUUUUCCGAGAAAAACAGUAUGAGGAAAGACGACUUAAAGAUUUCCAGGAUGCUCUUGAUCGAGAAGCGGCUUUGGCGAAACAAGCCAAGAUUGAUUUUGAGGAACAAGCCAUUAGAGAGAAGGAAAUUCAUGAACAGAUCACUGUGGAAAGAGCUCAAGCUCGUUACAAAAAGCAUUAUACAAUAUGUGCAGAAAUUUUGGAUCAAAUACUUGAUCUUUCCACUAAAGUGUCAGACUACCGGAUGUUGACAAAUAAUUUGAUUCCAUAUAAGUUGAUGCAUGAUUGGAAGGAACUGUUUUUUAAUGGAAAGCCCAUAUACAAGCAAGCCUCUAUUAAGCAACUACCAGCCACGCCCUCUGCAGAACAAGUUAUAGAACUGGAGAAGAGGGACUUGCUGGAUAGCAAUGAUUAUGAAGAAUAUAAGAAUAUGGUUGGAGAGUGGGCUUUACCAGAAGAAAUGGUUGAUAAUUUACCACCCUCCAACAAUACCAUAUUGGGUCAUGUGAUUCACAGAUUAAUUGAAAAAUCUCAUCCUCCUCAAGUCAAAUCAACAGUACUAGAAUUACCUUCAUUUGCUAUUAAAGGGUGCUUAGUUGGAAAAACAUUUAGUGGAAAAACUACUGCUCUAAAGGCUCUACAAAAAGACUUUCCUAUUCAGGUACUUUCUAUUGACACUCUUGUCCAAGAAGCAAUCAAAGCAUUCCAUGACAAUGAAAAAAUCAGUGAGGCUCUACCAAUUGAGAAAGAAGCUGAAGAAAAGUCUCUACCAGUUCUGCAAGAGAAGAACAAAGAAAGCCAGGAUCUACAGAAUGCAUUUUCACCUCAUCCAGUUUCAGAGGAAGCGUUACCAGAAACAGAAGAUAAAACUAUACUUAGUACUGAUACAAAUAAAACUCCAAAAGCUGAAGAAGUCAAAUCAAGUGAUAGUUUCUCUGAACUGACUGUGCGGGCUCAGCUUGGUGCAAAAUCAGAAAAGAUGCUGAAGAAAGGAAAGAGCAUUUCUGACAUGUUGCUAGUUAACAUCUUGGUAAAUGCUAUUAAUGAGGUACCUGUGGAUCAAGGCUGGGUCUUGGAUGGUUUUCCAAUGACGUUAAACCAAGCAAAGCUUCUGGAGGAAGCUCUCACGGGCUACAACAGAGAGGCCCUAGAACUGGAAGAAAAAGAAACACAAAUACCCACAUUGGCUGUUGAUGCUAGCACCUCCAAAGAAGUGCCUCUUCCCCCUUCUGCAUUUGAUUUUGUCAUGUUAUUAGAUAUUUCAGAUAAUUCCUUGCUGGACCGCAUGAAUUACGCAAUGGCUGAAGCAUUUUCAAGUGAAACUUCUCAUGAAGACAUCACUCAACACGUAACUGCUGAAAAGCAAGAUAUGAAUGAGGACCAGAAUUUAAGAGACCAGAUUCAGCACAGAAUUAUAGGCUUCUUGGACAACUGGCCUUUGUUGGAGCAAUGGUUUACGGAGCCAAAAAAUAUUUUGAUAAAAAUCAAUGCUGAAGUAGAUAAAGAGUCUUUAUGCAAUAAAGUAAAAGAAAUGUUUAUGACUGAAAUAAUGAAAAAAGAGAAUAAAGUUAAAAAGAAAUUAGAAGAAAAGGAAACUGAGAAAAAAGAAGAAGUUCCCCUGGGUGAGCCUCCGCCUCCUCCUCCUCCCCCUCCCCCUCCUCCUCCUGAGCCAGAAAAAGAGAAGGAAACCCAUCCUCAACGAGAGCAUUCAAAAACUCCUACUGCAAAAGGGAAACCACCAGCAGAACCCUUGACUGGUAAGCCAGACUCUCUUCAGGAAGGAAAAGGAAAGAAAGGGGACACUUCACUCAAAAGAAAAGGUUCUCCUAAAGGAAAAUCAUCAGGAGGGAAAGGACCAGUAAAGAAAUCACCUGCUGAUUCUACAGACAUGUCACCUGUUCCCAUAGUGCCACCAUCACCCAAGCCAGGAUCAGAAGAAUGGGUCUACGUGAAUGAACCAAUUCCUGAGGAAAUGCCUUCAUUUUUAGUGCCUUACUGGGAACUAAUCGAAAAUUCCUACGUAAACUCCAUCAAAACAGUACUCAGGCAUCUGAGAGAAGAACAGCAUAGUGUGGUUGCUUACUUAUACAAGGUUAGAACAAACUUCCAGCAGUUUCUAUGGCGUCCAGAUCACAAGCAAGAUUUUGUAUCUCAAUGGCAGGCUGAUUUCAAUGCUCUUCCUGAUGACCUGUGGGAUGAUGAAGAAACAAAGUCUGAACUACACCAAAGAGUAAAUGAUUUAAGAGACCGCCUGUGGGACAUCUGUGAUGCCCGGAAGGAAGAAGCAGAGCAGGAGCGUCAGGAUAUCAUUAACGAGAGCUGGUUGCAAGACUCAAUCGGAAUAACGAUGAACCAUUUCUUUUCACUAAUGCAGGCAGAACUGAACCGUUUCCAAGAUACAAAGAGACUCCUUCAAGAUUAUUACAGGGGAAUGGAAUGCAAAAUUCCAAUCGAUGACAGUAAGAGAUUUACUCGAAUCCCGUUGGUCCAGCUGGAUAGUAGUAGAGACAUUUUGGAAAGCCAACUCAGAAUUCCUCUAAUUCCACGAAUAUCCAUUUCCCCGGAUUCCGCUAUGACCAAACCAAAAACAAAGACCAUACUAAAGGGCAAGAUCGAUUACUCGCUGGAAAAUGUGGAGUUAAACUUUGAGGCAGAUGAGAAGUUGGUGAUGGACACCUGGCAGCAGGCUUCUUUAGCAAUAUCUCACAUGGUGGCUGCUGAAAUUCAUCAGAGGCUCAUGGAAGAAGAAAAGGAAAACCAACCAGCAGACACAAAAGAAAAAUCUCCUCAGAUGGGGACAAAUAAAAAAGCCAAAGAGGAACCACCCAAGAAAGAAAAGGCAGACAAAAAAGCAAAAGGCAGAUCCCCGCCGACAGCAGAAGCCAUGCCUGUGACAGUCACAGCAGAGGAGAUUACCCAAAAGGAAAAGAGAAAUGAACUGAUGCUCAAAAUCAAGGAAGAGCACCUCGCUGCCCUGCAGUUUGAAGAGAUAGCCACACAGUUCCGGCUUGAACUGAUAAAGACAAAAGCAUUGGCUUUCCUUGAAGAUUUACUAACAAAGGUGGUCGAUGUAUAUAAACUCUUGGAAAAGUGGCUUGGUGAGAGGUACUUGAAUGAAAUGGCCAGUGUGGAAAAAUUAACUGAGGUGGCCCGUUAUCACAUUGAAACAUCGACCAAAAUUCAGAAUGAACUUUACCUAGACCAAGAAGAUUUCUUCAUUAAUGGAGAUUUGAAAGUCUUUCCAGAUCCCCCUCCCCCAGUGCGCCCCCCACCUGUGGAAAAGGAAGAAAAUGGCACCCUGACCAUCGAACAGCUUGACAGUCUUAAAGAUCAGUUCUUAGAUAUUGCACCCAAAGGCAUAAUAGGACAUAAAGCAUUUACUGACAUUCUGCUGGAUCUGGUAACCCUGAACCUUGGAACAAACAGCUUACCUAGUAGUUGGAUGCACCUCACGCAACCAGAAUUGCAGGAGUUAACAUCUUUAUUAAUAGUAAAUUCGGAGUUUGUGGACUGGCGGAAAUUCCUAUUAGUAAUCUCGAUGCCUUGGCCCAUCCCCAUGGAGGAAGAGCUCCUCGAAACCCUGCAGAGGUUCAAAGCGGUGGAUGAAGAGCAGUUGGGCACCAUCACUUUUGAGCAGUAUAUGCAGGCUGGUCUGUGGUUUACAGGAGAUGAAUAUAUAAAAAUUCCAGAAAAUCCUCUUGAACCUCUGCCGUUCAAUAGGCAGGAGCAUCUUAUAGAGUUUUUCUUUAGGCUAUUUGCUGACCAUGAGAAGGAUCCACCUCAACUUGACUACACACAGAUGCUGCUCUAUUUUGCUUGCCAUCCAGAUGCUAUGGAAGGGGUCUACAGGGCCCUCAGUGUGGCCAUAGGAACUCAUGUCUUCCAACCAGUCGAAACUAUUGCUAUUAUUGGAGAAAAGACCUCCUCCUUGACUGAUGCGAGUCCAGUUGAGGAGUAUCCUGAACUCGAGGGAAACUUUAUACAUGAGGAAGGAGAAUUAAAAGAAGACAGGGAGGAAAAGGAAGUAGAACUCCCUGAGAAUGCAAACACUGAAAAGAUAUCCCUGGAAAGACUACUCAAAGUGUUCCAAGGAGGAAAAGAAGUACAGGAUGCUAACAGAUUCGCCAGCCACCUACAGAUAGAGAACACUUACUCAGAGAACUUCAUAAAAGUAUUUCAAGACCUAGGUGCCAAGAAUCUGGAGCCAGUUGAAGUUGCUGUUCUCUUGAAGCAUCCUUUUAUUCAAGACCUGAUUUCAAAUUAUUCAGACUAUAAAAUCCCUGAUAUUAAAAUAAUUCUCCCAAGGAGUGAGCAUGUACAAGGAAGUGAUGCAGAAAGAUCUCCUUCAAGACUUACAGAGGAAAAGAAAUGA